AUUUGGAUACUAGUAGUCCCAGUACGUGUAGGGUAUCUGUAAGACUGCUGUACGUAUCAACUAAGCCAGUCGCCAACAUGGACACGUGGAUGUUUACACCAGUCGUCGUUGUCACGCUGCUGUUGCUGGCAGGUCCUGGGGCCUUAGGAGAGGAAGAGCGAGGUCCACCAAGCGCACCAGAGGACCUGUUGGUGGUCCGCCAAAGCUCAGCUUCAGUGACAAUCCAUAUCAAGGCUCCAAAGCAAGAGGAGCAAGUACGGGAAUAUUUUGUCUCCUACAACAGUGUGGAAUGCUGUAAUACCAACCGAUGGCUUUGCAGCAGGCCUAGAGUUGCCGACUGCUCUCUAAUAAGCUACCUCUACUGGCAAUAUGUGAACGAGAGCAGUCUACCUGUGAUUGUGAUUGACUUCUGUGCGGGACAGACGUACUCUGUUUUGAUCCGCGCAAUAAACGACAAAGGUUCCGGACCCUACUCGUAUACGAUGAUUAGCGCCAAUGGCAGCAGGUCUGAUGAUGGGACCUCGUCCAGUCAUUCCAGCACCUCAAGCCCAAAGGAGACCUCAUCCAGUCCAUCCAGCCCCUCCAACGAAACGGAGACCUCGUCCAGUCCAUCCAGCCCCUCGAACACAACGAAGACCUCAUCCAGUCCAUCCAGCCCCUCGAACACAACGGUGAAACCGCGAAUUAUCCUAGAUCCACCAAGCCCACUGAAGGAGGUCCACUUUGUCCGCCUGAGCUCAGCUUUAGCGGCAAUCAAUGUCAAGGCUCCAAAGCCAGAAGACCGAGUAGCGGAAAUUUAUAUCUUCUACCACAGUGUGGAAUGCAGGGGUGCCAAACGAUGGAAUUGCAGCAGACAUGCAGUUACCAGUUGCUCCCUACAGGGCUUCCACUACUGGAGAUAUGUGAAUGAGAGCAGCAGUCUACCUGUGGUUGUUAGUCGCCUCUGUCCGGGACAAGCGUACGAUAUUUAUAUCACCGCAAUAAACGAACAGUUCACCUUUGGACCGGGCUGGUGGCUUUACGUCCAUGGAAAUGUUGAUGGGAUCAGGCCCAGUCCAUCCAGCCCCUCAAACACAGCGGAGACCUCAUCCCUUCCACCCAGUCCCUCGCACCCAACAGAGAAUCCGCUAACAACCCAAGUGUUGCUUGCAGGAAACCAAACAACAGAAACGCCUGACAAGCUGACGGCGGCAUUCACCACUACCCAACUAGCACUCGGUGGUAUUGCGGUAUUCAGCAUGUUCUUGAUGAUAGUGCUUGUCCUCCGGAUCCGUUCCCUUGUGACUGCCAAGCGACGACGGGAAAGUCUCAAAAAUCAAAAACUUUCGACCAAAUCAAGGGAUUUUGAUUGUGUGCUUGUACUAUCACCCAGCGGUAAGUUUAUGCUGAACAUGCAACCUGUACCAUUAUCUUAGCUAUAGGCUACAAUAUCUACCUUCACUGAUGAGA